UAUUUGACUCGCGCAUCCCGCGUUUCAGUCACUGUCAGACUCCCACUUCCCAUCUUUCCUUCCCGGGUCUCCCUGUGUCCCACACACGCGCUCCCGUAUUUGGUCACAGUCACAAACACUACUGCCACAUCUUGACUCCUCCGGGACCAACAUCCCAAUCAUUCUUUCUUUUUUCUCCUCCUCCUUCCCCAUCCCACAGCGCGACGCUUAAGCUCCAAAGCGCCGUCGAUCUCAACAGAAUACCGAACAGAUCAGGAGCGCCACUCUUCCAUCUUACUACGCGCAUCAUCCUGCACAGAGGAUAACGGGUAUUCUCCGACCCUUGCGGAUCCGGCUCCUCUUUUCUCUCCCCUCAACACCGCGUCGUGCACAUAAUUGCGCCGACUGCUGGCCGCUGCCUCCCACCGCUCCUAAAUUCCGCCCCGUCGCGUCGGCAUCCCCCAACCUCAGGAGAUCCACGACGCAAAGGCCGCCCCUCCCUCCUCCUUCUACCUCGCCUGGUGUACUAGAAAAAGGAAAGAAAGGGAGAGAGCGCCACACUUCGGUGCUGAUUUUAGUAUUAGUAUCCGAUAGCAACGGGUUUUUUUUUAGCAAACAACUGCCUCACACUGUCGACUUUUCGACCACUCUGUCAACACAAUCACCAUCAAAGCAGAGAUGGACCUCCCCAGUAGCGCACCGACCGCGCCGACGGCAUCGCCAAUGUCGUCGCCUGAAUCCAUUCACGCGACACCUCCAACGUCAAGUCCGGCCCCUACGAUACCAUCGCCCACGAAGCGCAUGCGAAGACGCCGCAUAUUCCGUCCCGACGAGGGCUCCCUCUACGACUUGUUGUACGAACACGCUGGUCUCUCGCUAUUUGUUCGCCCCAUUUGCUGGACCGACCUACACGUCCGCCUCCUCAAUGCCAGGUUCAUCGAGCUUCCUCCUUGCGAUACCCCCGUCCCUCCUCCUUCGCCACGCGGCGCCCCCGUCUCCCCUUCGAAAUGCCACAUGAAGCCAUCGGCCGCUGCGACGACGCUCAGUCGCGAGCUUACCGCAAUGCUGGCGCCGGGCUCGACGAGAAGUUUCUACACCAACUCGAUACGCACCAUCAUGUCUACCCUCUACCCCGAGAAGCUAUCGCGUGCGCGCACACAGCUUGACAUGCACCUCUACUUUGGCGGUCUCGUCUAUCGCGAAACAUGUCGCGUGCAGGUUGCGUGGGAUGCGAUGCCGUCCCGUAGCGGCUCCAUUGCUUCGUUUGAGUCGGCCUCGACACGCCCGGCAGAGUCUUUCAACAUUGUACCAUCGGGUGCCAAUGUCAGCGCGAGCAACGGUAGCAGCCAGCAGUCGACAUAUACCCAGCCAGUUCUGGCCUACAUUGGCAAACUGCAGAUUGCCGCUACUCGCAAGAACAUGUACCGCGUCAUUCCGGGUCCCAACAGAGCGUACAACGGGCCUGUCGAGCGUCUGCAGCAGCUGCGCUCCAAGACAUUUGUGCCGACCAACCCCAAUCAUGACCCGCUCCUUGUGGGCAUUAUGCUGGCAAUGGCCCAGAGACGCUUCUACGGCGAGCCACUGCCCUCGGCAAAUAAGUGGAUUCCAUCGCGGCCUAUGCCCACUGGGCUAGGGGAGCCAGUAUUCCACGAUGUGACGGUGGAGCUUCUCACAAACGACAACGAGACAUCCGACUUCAUCGUCUACAAGGGCACGGUCACUGCAGAACUCCUCCGCAAGUUUCACGAGCCUACCAAGAACCUUGACACGAUAGCCAGGGAGACGGCUGCCGACAAGGUUGAGAGAUUGGCGUGCGACGGCGGUAUGCGCAUCGAGUACACAAGGGUGCCAGUGUGGCCUAUCCUUGGCCUCAAGGAGAGGCUCGGCAAGGCGCUCGGUAAGGAGGUGGUGGGACAUUUCGACGAGGACAAUAUUGAGACGUGGGAGGAGGAAGCAGAGCGGAAUCCCGACAAGCUCAAGCGACGAAGGGAUCGCGAGGCUCUUGCCGAAGUGUUGAAUGGCAGCUUCGAGGAAGAGGCCCCCGACGGUAUGCCUCUCAGUGGGAAACGAAGAUGUUUAGUUGACGAGGAAAGUGGGCAGGUGGGCGUGGUCGUCUGAUCGAGUGCAUGGCCCCUGAUCAUUGCAUAACGAAGCCAUGAGGCGUUCUGAAGAGAGGAAAAUGCUCUUCUUUCUUUUUCUCUUUUUCUGUUAUUCUCUUGGCGCGACCCAGCACGGAUGUGGUCACGACCAACAGCAUGGGAACAUGGAUGGAUGGCUCUCCAUUUUUAUGUCGAGAUACUGGAGUUGCGGUACAUCAGCGACGAGAGUUACGAUGGGUUCUUACGGAAUAGACGAGGCAUAGGAAAUCCGGCGACGGCUAUGAUCAGGUUCCCCUCGGGGGGAAAAGGGCCUGACCUAGCAGCAGGAUUCGGCAUUUCAAACAAUUGAUGAGCGUCGUUUGGCAUUUGCAGGGAAGAUUUGGUAGAUUCUCUAAUUGACCGAUCCAGACGGCAUGG